AUGCCAUCGAGUCAGUACCACCUGGUGCAGCUGCACUUGCUGCUCUGCGCCCUGCUCCUGGUCGCUGGCCAGAGGAGCCCGGUGCGGGUUCCGCCCCAGGAUCUGCAGCUGCCCAACUUCGGGGGCGAGAGCUUCGAGAGAUUCGGCGGCAGAUCGGCUGCGGACUCGGUAUCGGCCUCGAGUAGUGGCAGCAGCGAGAGCCAGGAGACCAGCGACGAGAUGCGGGAGCAGCUGAAGCAGCUCCUGGGCGACCAGCUCUCCACCGCCUUCGCCCCCUUGGCCACCACGCCCUUCACCCAGCGACGACCGGCCAUUGCGGCACCCGCCUCGGAGGCAGCAGCUCGCUCCCAGUUCUCCUCCGAUGCGGAUCCGGAUCAGGAUGAGGGGGCAAAUGAAGAGGAGUCCCCGGAGGAGGACGGCAAUGAGGGGGCGGAGGAGGAGGAGGGGGAGGAGGCCACUCCCCAGCCCCAGCCACUGCCUCCGCCACUUCCGCAGCCUGCCGGAGAAGAGGAGGACACCACUGGUGGCCAGGUGGAGGAGGUGGCGGAGGUCGAGGACUAUAACGCCUGGCGGGACAACUUCUAUGACCUAAACGAAGAUGGCAGCUACGUUUUUGGUUACUCCAUUCCCCACGGCGUUCGCCGCUGGGAGAGGGGCUUCUAUUCGAAGGAGCAGCAUGGGCAGGUGGUCGAGGGCUUCUACGUCCAGCCCCGCCACGACUUCCAGGAGCUGAGGUUCGAGCUGCGAUGCUACAGAGCCGACUCCAAUGGGUAUCAGCCACUGCCAGUGGAGUUCCUGAGGACGCCGCCCACUGUGAGGCGCGACGAGGUUCCCCGGGUUAAUUGCUUCCGCAAUGGCUAAGUCAGGGAUAACUGAAAAUCAUACGUUGGGUGGUAGUAACACUCAUAAAAAUUUAGCCCUAAAAGUGUUUGUAAAAUACAUUUUAAAAGCUAACAUGAUUGUGUUAUGAUUAUGCUGACAUUCUUUUUUU